GCACACUUACAUUGUAAACUUCCUGUGUCAACGAAGCUAAGUAAUGUCAGAAUACUGGAAAUCACAGCCAAGAAAAUUUUGUGAAUACUGUAAAUGUUGGAUAACAGACAAUAAGCCAAGCGUUGACUUUCAUGAAAAAGGGAAGAAGCACCAAGAAAAUGUUAAAAGAAAAAUUGAUGAAGUCAGAAAGAAGGGUAUUACAGAUGCCAAGAAAAAAGAAGAGCUGGAGGAUGAUAUCCAAAAGAUGGAGAAGGCUGCACUGGAAGCAUUUAAAAAAGAUCUUGCCAGUGACCCAGAACUCGCUGCUAAGUACGGAGUGAGGGUCAGAUCAGAAGCAGAAAAAGAAGCUGAUAGAAAAAAGAAAGUGAAAGAGGAAAAUAUUGCCAAACAGAAAGCACUGGAAGAAGUGGAAAAGAAACUUUUGGAAGCUGAGAAGAAGAAGAAAGAAGGUGAAUGGUACGAGGCAAAGUCAGUGGAGGGUUACACAUAUUACUGGAAUACAGUCACUCAUGAGUCUAAAUGGGUCGCCCCAGAAGUCUUUGUGUCCUUAGAGGAACAGGAAGUCAGAAAGAAGAAAGAGGAAGAAGAAGCUGAAAAGCAGGCUAGAGUUCAAGCUGAACUUGAUUCUCUACCUGACCAGGUAGAGGUAGGACCACUCCGUCACGGGGCUACUUCAACAUCUGCUUAUGGCCAGUGGUCCACAGUUAAAGAACUUCCAAACCUUGAACUUCCUGAAGAACCCACGGAACCAUUGGAGCCCCUUCCUGUUGAAGACAUUCCCCUUCCCGAGCCCCCUAAAGAGAAAACAGUAAAACAAGAGGGAGGAAGGUUUAAAGAAAAGAGAGUUAAAAGUUUAGCAAAGGACAAUGAGACAACAAAAGUGACAUUCAAAAAACGAAAGGUAACAUCUGGUGCUCGCAAUACAAGACAGAGGGAUGAAGAAGACUGAACACACCUUAACAUCUAUAGGAAUGAAAACUGAACACAACUUAACAUCUAUAGUUCCGACUACAGAGGAAUGAAAACUGAAUACACCUCAACAUCUGUAGUCCUGAUUACAGAACACAAGUCAAAAUAUUAGUGCUCCAGAUUGGUGAUGUUAAAUAUAGGAAACCAAAGAGAACAGAAUAUUCAGUUUCCUUAAUUAUUAUGCUCUUUAGGAACUUAGUGUGGUCCUCCUCACUAGUAGGACACUGUACAACUAGGGAAGUUAAUGAAAGAUGAACUGGAAUAUGACAAUUAUAUAUACAUGUAUAACUACAUCUACUGUUACUUUCAUUACAGUACAUUCAUUUUAAA